UUUGUACAGGGAUGCCAAAAAUUGUGUGGCCUGCCAGUAGGUUGUGGGGAACUAACUCGUUUACAGAAGUUAGGAUUGUUUGUUGUGGGAGAUAAAACUGAGCAUGCAAGGAUCUCAGAGCUUGGAAAUCUUGAUAAGCUUAGUGGUAAAUUACGAAUAAAGAAUAUUAACUAUGUCAAGGAUCCAGAUGAUGCUGAAAAGGUUCAUUUGAAGAAAAAGAAUGGCAUACGGAAAUUAUCAUUGGAUUGGUAUUCAAGGGAGAAGAAUGGGGCUUGUUUUGUGAUAAGAACAGAAGAAGUGUCGUUAUUAGAUAUGGCAAAGGACCUGGAUUUGCUCAACUAUCUUGAACCACCGUCAGAUAUUGAGAAGCUGAGAAUUAGUGGUUUUCGGGGUUUACAAUUGCCACAUUGGAUGAUAAAGCAAAGUAGUUCUAAUGAUCUGUCUGAUAUACAGAAGCUAAAGCAAAGCUAUCUACCUCAAUUCUCCUCUCUGAGUAAACUAGUGUUGGAGAACAUACCAAACUUGGUGCACCUGCAGGGGCUUAAAGAUUUGCCUGGGAUAAAAAUUCUUAAGCUGAGAGCAAUGCCUAAGCUGGUGGAGUUUCUUACUACUGCAACUGGUUUAGCAAAGGGGGAUAAUGAAGAUGAAGUGCAAUAUUGUUUCCCUCACCUUUCCACUCUAGUCAUAAGUGACUGUCCGAAACUGAAGGUCAAGCCAUACUUUCCACUGUCUUUAAGAGAAUUAACAAUGGAAGGAAACAAUGAGCAGUUGUUGUCCUCGGAUAGCUUCUUGUGUCCACGUCCUGCUCAUUGCGACGUGUCUUUGCCUUUCUCCUGUAUUGUGGAUGUGAAGCCUCCUCACAUCACUCAACUAAAACUUGGAGGAUUGAUCGGAUCACCAUCUGGUUGGGAGUUGUUGCAGCACCUCAAUGGGCUUCGUGAAUUGGAAAUCUCCAUGUGCAAAGAACUGAGAGAGUUACCUGAGAGCAUGAGGAGCCUCACCUGCCUACAAAAACUGGAUAUUAAUUGGUGUGAUAGUCUUGUGCUGCCGGAGUGGCUUGGAGAAUUGCAAUCUCUACAGAGGUUGAGAAUAAUAGGUCUCCCACUAAUGUCCAGCCUCCCUCAAUCAAUACAAAGCCUCACAUCCCUCCAAGACCUCUCUAUAUAUUAUUGCCAUGCCCUCCACCGGCUGCCUGAGCAACUCGGGGAACUCUGCUCUCUGCAUCGCCUUGAAUUAUGUAACUUGCCUGCUCUGACAUCCCUUCCCGAGAGCAUGCAGCGCCUCACCUCACUUCAAUUUCUCAACUUUUCUGCUUGUCACGCAUUGACACAGCUUUCGGAGUCAUUUGGUGAACUCCCUGCACUUCAAACAUUUUGGAUCCAGGGUUGCCCUGGUCUUGCUUCCUUGCCCUGCUGCAUAAAACACAUUACUGCUCUAGAGGAAUUAAGGAUAUCCAACUGCCCCGAGCUGGUUAAGCGUUGCAAGGAAAGAGUUGGGGAGGAUUGGCACCUUGUAUCCCAUAUUCCGUAUUUGACGCUAGUCUAAGGCAAGCAAGCAUGGCCAGAUGCACCACUGAUAAGGCAAAUACUAUUAGCUGGGAGGGAUUCUAGAAGCUCAUCAAGAAGGCAAGACACUCAGAAAGUUACAACGGGAGCAGCUUUCACCAACUGUGCAGAACCAGAGAUUGGUGGAAUGGUGGACUGCGGCAAGGAAGAGAAUUCAGAAAGAAGAUCGUCAAUGUUUUGACACCUUUGUGUUAGUAUUGAUCUCCACCCGUUAGCCCAACGGCAAACUGGGCCCUUGACUCGCGUCCUGAUCGGGGACGCCCAGCCCAAUAGACGGCUGGUGGGCCCCCGUCGCGCAGCGCCAUAUAUAGAGAAGGUAGGGACUACGGCACUGGUUACGAGGUUCGCCGCCGCUACAGUUCCC